AUGGCUGGCCUCAACGUCUCCAUUGCUUUCUUUUUCCUGGCUAUUGGGCUGUGCCAGGCACUCAGGUGGAUCUCCAAGAGGCUUCUGUCUCCUGGAGUAUAUGGCUGCCUGGCCAGAGAACUUGCUGGCUCUUUGCAGCUGUGCACGAGCUGCCUCGAGCUGAGGAUGCUGAUGGAUAUUGGUCCCUGGGGCGGUGGAUUUGGCCUGGACGUGGUCCUGACUCUGCUUUUCCUCCUGUUCGCGGUGCACAACGCAUCCUUAGAUGGAGCAUCUGCCAACCCAACCGUCUCCCUGCAGGAGUUCCUGCUCCUGGAGUCCACCCCAGCACCCACAGCUGCCAAGCUGCUGGCCCAGGCCGUGGGCAUGGGGCUGGGCUGGGCUGUCACCAAGCUGUACUGGUCCUGGGAGCUGACACAGUUCCACUUCAUCCAGAACCUGAUCGCGUCGGAGUGCAGCUCCUCCAUCCACACCUCCCUGCCCCACGCUGCCUUCGUGGAGGGCUCCUGCUCCUUCCUCUUCCACCUUGUGCUCCUCAGGUCACGCCAGAGCCACCCCAUGUACCGCAUCCCUGCGCUGGCAGCCACUGCCACCUUCCUGACCUACGCAGCUGGGCCAUUCACAGGGGCCUUCUUCAAUGCUGCCCUGGCCACAGCCACCACCUUCCACUGCUCAGGGAACAGCUUCUGGGACUACGUCCAGGUGUACUGGCUGGGGCCUCUAGCAGGGAUGCUCACUGCCCUCCUGCUGUACCACGGCAACAUCCCACGCCUCUUCCAGAGA